AUGUCGGUUCUUCGUAGCCUGAACUGGGCUGCCCAAAGCCUGGGAUCAACUGAUUACUAUCCUCGUUUCGAACACUUUGGACGAGUCUUUUCUCUACUUCCCGCCGGCUCGACAGCUACUCACCAUGAUGUGGGCAAGCCUAAAGUGGAACCUAAGACUGCGACAGAGCACGCAUCCUGGGCGGAAAUUGAACAUGGCGACGGCUACGACGUCACCAGACAGUGCCGAACUAUCAAAAUAACUCUGGACAGGCCUGGCCAGGGAAACGCACUCACCCUUCAACUCACUAAAGACCUCACAUCUGUCUUUUCAAGAUACGCUAGCGACAAUACAGUCCACCGUAUCGUCCUCACAGCACGAGGCCGGUAUUUCUGCACCGGAAUGCACCUCCAAGAGGACCUGUUCACGUCACCCGCACAACGAGGCAGCGCACUCCAAGACCUCUUCAACACUAUCGACACGUGUCCGAAGACGACGAUAGCGGCCAUCAACGGGCCAGCCUUCGGCGGAGGUGUGGGCCUGGCCAUGGUCUGCGACAUCCGUCUGGCGGUGGAAAGCGCCUACUUCUGCCUGAGCGAGGCGAAGCUAGGACUGUGCCCUGCGAUUGUGUCUCGGUAUCUCGUGCGGGAAUGGGGGGUCAGCCUGGUCAGGAUGGCCAUGCUGACGGCCAAGAAGAUCCAGCCAAGGGUGCUGUCGAAUAUCGGUGCCGUGCAUGCACUCGCAAAGGAUCAGGUGGAUUUGGACAACGCCCUCGACAGGAUGUUGUCGGAUUUGAUGCUCGUCGCUCCUCAGGCAUCCGCAAACAUCAAGAGGCUGCUCGCCGAGGUUGUUGUUGAUGCUGACCACAACGCGAUGGACGCGCUGGCUCUGGAUGUUUUCCAAGAUAUGUUUUCUGAGAGUUCGGAGGCGAGAUACGGUAUUGGACAAUUUCGGGAGGGUAAUAGAAAUGUAAAUUGGGACAAUCCCACUGUAAAUUACGUCGGCCACUUAGAGAAAUGA